AUGAUGGAAGGCGUCCUAGGCGAUCAGCCUCAUGCUGAGUUGCAACAUGAAAUCGAUUACGAUAAUACCGAGUUUGAUGUCGGCAAAGCGCCAGGGGAUGACUUUGAUUUCGACCUUGGCGAUGGAAAUAUUGUACAGGGCGAUCAUCUUGAAACUGGAAUAGAUAACAAAAUCGAGUUGACGGAGCAUGCUAAUGGUCAUGACGUCGACAGCUAUGGCGAGUCAUAUCAAGUGACCCAAGAGGACACCCAGGGUAACGAUGCAGAGGUAAAAGACGAUGUUGGCGAGCACGAGAUCGACUAUGAUCACGAUGACAUUGGUGAGUCUCUUCAUGUGCCUGCUAUCGACGAGGAGAUGGGCGAUUCUAUGGCACAGGAGGAUCAAGAUGUGGAGGACACGAAUGAGAGUUACGAGGGAUUGGACUACGAUGUUGGAAACGACGCGGAGGCGACGGGUCAAGACGGAAGCAAUUCAGAGGCUCCGCACUUAGGCGUCCAGGGCUCCGAGGAUUUUCAAUCAGGACAGGAGACUGUGGACGAGUCUGACCUCCAAGCGACGGAUUUUCCGUCCGUAAGCGAAGCUCAUGGUGAAACUGGGGAAGUGCCGCAAGGUGGAGCUGAGAGACAAGAGGGUCUUUCUCCAGGACACGAUGCAACUCUCAUCCCCCAACUCGGCGCUCUCGAUGGCAAUGGUCAAGCAGAUGAAAACGAGCAUGACGCUAAUGCAGUGGAUCCCCUACCUGAAGGCGCUCAGUCUAGCGACAUACUUGACGACGAAUAUGAUGAGUCUGCGUAUUCUAUGGAAGACGGUAAUGCCUAUAACAGCCAGGAUUUUGCAGCUGCACAGCCAGAUGUGACGUUCUGUUAUCGUCACGACGAAUACUCGCUCUUUGCGGAGUCGCCCGACGACGACCCGAAUACAUACUUCCUCGCAGACACUGAAGCUUUAAAUCAGCCGCUGUGCGACUUCUUGACUAAGAUUCGUGGCAUCAUUGCGGGCGAGGUUUCUCCUCAAGAUGAAAUCGUGCUGCGAGUCGAUGGCCUAGGACUCGAAUUUGGUGAGACUACGACAAGAGAAUUCCUUGAUCGGACGACCUUCGGCCAAAUCAUCGACCUUCACGAUCGUCUGGUGAAGCUGGAUGAUGCUGCAGCUUCCCGUAACCUCUAUGUGUAUUUGAUUACACGCCCAAAUUGCCUGAACCGAUUUGGUGAACUGACCAGUGGCGUUACUGACGGCAAGGGUUUGUCCUCUUUCGAACGCUAUUUUGAUGCCCCUUCGCCUGGCGAUGAUGCUCUUGGUAACGGGUCCCAUGGCGCCUCUCCGGAAGGCGAGGCCCUUGGUGACUCCAUAAACGACAGCCACUCUAUCGCUGCAGAUAAUGCCGGUGAAGAUGACAAUGUGGAGCAACUUAUUGAGGAAACGGUGACCGUCGACAUCGAGCAGAUAGAUUCCGAGCAUGGCAAUACCGAGUUCACUGGGAACGGUGUUGAAGAGGUGACACAAAUAACCCAUACGGAAUUUCUAGAAGGCGAUGGGUACCCUGAGGCUCCUGAUCAUAGCGAAGCAGAGAUCCAGCAAACUGAGAUGGAAGACGAGUUCUUGCAAAAUCUUGACGAACAAGGUCAUGAAGAGGUACUUGCAGAAUCCGGCAUAGACUCCAACUGGGCAAAGCGAGAAGGGAUUGACUUCAAUCAUCCCGAGGACCAUCAUGCAAAUGGAGAGGCGCAAGAAAACAAAGUAAUUGAUGCGGCGCAAGAAGAAGAGCUCUUCGACUAUGAUGACAAUGAAGAGUUUGACGAGCAAGUUGAAGUACAAGAUGCGAACCAAGGUGGUGAGGCACCAUCUGAUCCGCAUGAUAAUGAAUCUUUAACAAUUCCUCAAUCAAAUGACGAAAGCAGUCAUGCGCAGCAUGAGAUUGACUAUGCAGCUGCCGAAGAUCUACUCGAAACUGAGGCACCUGUAGAGGUAAAUACGACACCUUCACGUCUUCCAGAUACUCUAGAAAUCCCCUUGGAUGUUGCGCAAUCUGGAACACCACCACCUGUAUCCGAUAAUACAAGCGCGAGCAACACCCUGAACGGGGAAGAAAUCGACUUUGACGAUGAUGUGAUGGCGGCGCCGGCUGUCACUGACGCUAUUACCGACGCCCCGCACUCCUUUGACUCUGGAGUUGAUGAAAUUGACUGGGAUCACGACGAAGACGAGAUUCUGGACGGAAAUGAAACUAACCUGUCAAGCAACUCUGCAAAGAGAAGCAGACAAUUGGAUACAGAAGCUGGCCUGGAUGAUGAAAAUGCCGUCAAGCGUCGUCGAACAUAG